AAAAAAACUUUUGUCAAUACUGAAGAGUCGGUUAUGUAGGUAAUUAAUUAAUGUUAUAGUCUCGCUACGAUCUAUUUUUUUAAAGUAUGUUUUCCGUUAAAUGUCCAAAAUUAUAUUUAUUUAGUCUUAAAACCAAAUAAUCCCACAUCAAAUGAAUACGACAAUAUUUAUACAAUUUCAAUGACUCAGUGGACAACAGAAGGUAUGGUGAAUUGUACACAUUGGAAUGAAAAUAAUGAUGUUAAACUCAGAAACCAUCCGUUCACAAGAAUGGGUGCCUUUUGUUACUCAACAACAAAGACUCAGAAAUUUAAUUCAAAUUAAUGGUUACAAUCUUUGUGAUGAUCCUGAAUAUACAGCUAAUAAAUCUUCAUUUUAUUACACACUACAUUUAACAACAAUGUGUGCUCCUUUGUAUACUAGCGAAAAAGUGUGCGGUCAUAAUCCGAAAUGGACAAAACUAGAUAUUUGUAGUUCAAUUGGAUCUGCUAAAGCUGUUGUUAUACGAUUGUGGAGAACUACUGAUGACCAAACCAAAGUUUUGUUUGUUUGGGGAAUUGAACUUAGUGGUCUUUUGUAUAUAACCCCAAUGUCAUUAGAUCCAAAAAUGUUUCAUUCUAAUUCUUUAGUAUUUUGUAUGACUGGAGGAAAUUAUACUGCUCCACAUUGCAUUGCUGAAGAUCAGCCUACUUUAGCUCGAAUCACUCAUCUUACUUUACCUUCAAAAGAUGUAAGAAUAAGUGGUACACUUUUACAACUGACAAGGAUGCAUAAUAUUCAACGAAUUACUAGUAAACAAAGAGAAGCAGCUACUUUAUUAAAAGAAAAAGUAGUUCAAGGUGAAAUAGGUUUGAAUGAAAAUCGAACAGGAAGACAUCAAAGUGCUACUAUACGUAGAUUGAUGAAUAAAGAAAUUACUCAGAAACCAUCUCGUCAAAGUAUUUUAUGUAGGCGAAAAGAAAUUGAAUUGGUAAAAUUUAGAGUAUUGUUGCUAUGUCAAGAAAAAUCUCGUAAGAUUGUCCUUCUUCGUAAUAAAACUCAAACUAGUAAAACAUUUUAUGAUGCAAAUUUUAUAAAAAAUAGCAAGCUGAUUGAAAUGAACGAAACACUUUGCAUUAAUAUCCAUCAGCUAAAACAAUUGAGCAAUACAUCUAACUCAAUUGAUACACUGUCAGCACUAAAUAGUCAACUCAUUUAUCGAAAAAAACAACUUGUUUCAGAACUUAACUUUAUAUAUCCUAUAACUGAGGUCAACGAAAAUAUUUCAAUAUGUGAUGUUCAUCUUCCAAACUCAGAAAACUUUGAUGGCUGCAAUGAUAUUCAAUUGAGUAUUGGUCUGGGUUAUGUUGCCCAUUUAAUUCUUAUGAUUUCCUACUUUUUAAAUAUUCCUUUAAGAUAUCCAAUUAACCACGUAGGAUCACGUAGUAAAAUUAUCGAUCAUAUUUCAUUAGAUAUACAAGAUAGAGAACGAUUGUUUCCUUUGUUUGGUCGAACUAAAGCUCGAUUAGAAUUUAACUAUGCCGUUUAUUUGCUAAAUAAAAAUAUUGCCCAACUUCGUUGGUACAAUGGUUAUAGCACUAAUGACUUGCGUACAACUUUGUACAAUUGUUUAGUUAUGUUGCAACCACAAUCAAGUUUAUUAAAACUACAAACCUCAAAAUUUACAUCUUCAAAUUCUUCAUUAGAAUCUUCUUUAAACAUACCACCAAGAUCUUCCCGAGAUGUUUAUAAAGAAGAUACUAGUAGUUCAGAUGAUUCAAAGAUAAAAGGAAUACCUCACUCUUCAUCAGAUCCGUCACUAGCUGAGGAUAAAACUCAAGCAUAUAAUGAUUUUAACUCAUCAUAACAUGUAUUGAAUAUCACUCAAUUUAUAUUGGCCAAUGUUACCGACUGUUAUAUUAAUUAAACAUUUUAAGACUGGUCUGUUUGAUUACUAAGUAAUUUUUAAUUCAUUAUUCUUAUUACCGUUUAUUAUAAUAAUUAUAAAUAUUUCAUUAUUAUUUAUUUAUAACCAAUUUGAAUGCUAUUACUAUUAUUUAUGAGUAUUCAACGUUUAUUAGUUUUUUAUAAUAUACUUACACAAAUAUUUAACAAUGUAAAAAUAUAUUUUAUAUCAUUAUUUAAGAUGUAUGUUAUUACUUAUUUGCUAUUUGUAAUAUAAGGUAGCUUACAAAAUUUUUAUCAACUAUUUGUAAAAAAGUUUUGAAAAUGUUAAAAUAAUAUAACAGUAAGAUAUAAAUUA